GGGGUGGUGCACACCAUUGUUAGGGCUCCAGAGAGAAGGUGGUUUGCAGAGAGAGCUCAAAAGCUUGCAGUGUUUACGGUAAGGUAGACCACUGGCGGCUGGGAUCAGCUGAUUUGUGUCUCCAACGUCGGCCCUGCUGGUUGCACGAUGGAAAACUGGCGAUUUAAAAUCAUUUUCAAUUGCAGUUUUUUUUUUGUUUUCCCAUGUGUAAUGUUUUAAUAUAUCAAAAGACGUCCCCGGCUGCAGUCGUGAGUUUGCAAACGUGAGGAUGAGGCGCUGAUGGAAGGGGGGUGCGGCAGGGAGGGGGUUUACCUGCUGCUACUUGCGACAUGGGGAUGUGUUACAGUCUGCGACCGCGGCUCUUCAGUGAUCCCUCGGGCAGCGGCGGCUGCAGCGGCCCAGACGUGGAGCUGCGCCCUGGGGUCGGGGCCGAGCAGCCGCACCAGGGGGACACGGCGGCCAGGCUGCGGAGCGCCGACGGCCUGGGGCAGCAGCUCCGCCGCAGGGAGACGGACGACUGGCAGCCGCAACAGAACGGUGCCGAGGGAGAGCGGGCACCUCCGCCGCAGGGCAGCAAAGGGCCGGACAGGGACAAGGUCGACAAACCACAGCCGCAGGACAUUGAAGCGGACAGAGAGGCCAAACGGGUCAGCAAAUGCAUCGACAAGAUGUUAAAGCAACAGAAACGCGAGUACAAGCAAACACAUCGCCUGCUGCUCUUAGGGGCUGGUGAAUCUGGAAAAAGUACAAUUGUCAAGCAAAUGCGAAUCUUGCACGUCAAUGGAUUUAAUGCUGAAGAAAAGAAGAUGAAAGUGCAAGAUAUUAGGAAAAAUAUUAAAGAUGCCAUCGUGACGAUAGUCUCAGCAAUGAGCACUUUAAUACCUCCGGUCCAGUUAGCCAACCCUGAGCACCAGGUUCGAUUGGAUUAUAUUAAGAGCAUUGCCCUUCUUUCCGACUUUGAAUACACACAGGAAUUUUUUGAUCACGCAAAAGCACUUUGGGAUGACGAGGGUGUGAAGGCGUGCUUCGAGAGGUCCAACGAGUACCAGCUCAUCGAUUGUGCACAGUAUUUCUUAGACAGAAUUGACCAAGUGCAGCAAAAUGACUAUUCCCCGUCUGAUCAGGAUUUGCUUCGAUGCAGAGUUUUGACAUCAGGGAUUUUUGAAACAAGAUUUCAAGUUGACAAAGUAAAUUUUCAUAUGUUCGACGUGGGAGGACAGAGAGACGAGAGGAGGAAGUGGAUUCAGUGCUUCAAUGACGUCACAGCUAUCAUUUUUGUGGUGGCCAGCAGUAGCUAUAACAUGGUGAUACGGGAAGACAACAACACCAAUCGACUCCGAGAAGCUCUCGAUCUCUUCAAAAGCAUCUGGAACAACAGGUGGCUGCGAACAAUCUCCGUCAUCCUCUUCCUGAACAAACAAGACCUACUGGCGGAGAAAGUGCUGGCGGGGAAAUCCAAAAUAGAAGACUAUUUUCCGGAGUACACGCGUUACACCACUCCAGAUGACGCAACACCAGAACCUGGAGAAGAUGCCAGAGUUACAAGAGCAAAAUAUUUUGUACGAGACGAGUUUCUUAGGAUCAGUACAGCGAGCGGAGAUGGACGCCACUACUGUUACCCGCACUUCACCUGCGCGGUGGACACAGAAAACAUUCGCAGGGUAUUCAACGAUUGUCGGGACAUUAUUCAGAGAAUGCACCUGCGGCAAUAUGAGCUGUUAUGAUGGAGAAUCAAUCUGACCCCUUGGUUUUUGGACUCUGCUGGUUUCCGUACCCUCGACGUGACCCGCGCAGGGGUGGAAGAAAUGCGAGAGACGUGUGUCAAUGUUGCUCUCUCUCUCUCGACGCCAUUUUGUUCUUCAUUCCUGACUUCACUUUAUUUAGUGCACCACGCUCUGUGUUCGUUUUGUUUUCUUCUUCAAAACUCCGCCGUAUUCCCCCCCCCCCCCCACCCCCUGGUUCCACCGAGACCUCUGGUUACCUCUCGUGUCUUGACAGAAGUCUGAGUAUGUACCUCAGACCCAUCUCCCUACAAACUCAUCACUCUUGUUCCCCCCCCCCUGUCCUCCCGCCCCGCAACUGGGCAACUGACCACAGCCCAUUUACCAACCGCUCUCUCUCUCUCUCUCUCUCUGGGUUUCUCUACAACACAAUGCUCAAGAGUACUUGACGGGGAAAAUAUAUAUUAGGACGACAAUGCACUUUUUUGCAUCAGGGUAAUUUAAAACAAAUAAACUAUCGAGGAAGAUCACACAAUGUAGCAGCACCCAGAACGUUUAAUAGUUUCACAGUUUUCUGCGUUAACAAUUGCAGUUCGGCUGAAAAAAGGACCUCGUCUUAAGCCAACUGAGGCACAGGAAUAGUAAAGAGGCAGGAUGUCUGAGUCCUACUUGUAGGAGAUAUUUUUGAGGUCCUGGAGCUUUGGAGUCUCAUCACACGUUAGAUCUUGAACAGGGACUGCUUUGGCCUAGCCACCUAGGUUGAAACCACCACACACUAAUGUUUGUUCAAGUUGUCCAUCGUGACCUCUUCGGGUUGACUCGCGAAAAGGCUGAUAGCCCGAGCAUUUGUUCCUUUAUUUUUCUGUUUGUUUCACUGCUGGAUUAUUAUCUUGUACAGACUGUAAAAUGUAUUAUUUUGUACAACUUUAUUGAAAAGAAUACUUGUAGAUGAUCUCUGUGCCUUGAUUAUGGCUGUACUUGUAAAAUGAGCUAAGAUGUAAGUAUGUUUGAUUGCAUUGUACAGCUUUAUGUCGAAAAACCUCUUUCUACAGCUGUGGCUGCAGAUAGGACGUUUAUCUGUAGAGUUUAGGUUUUUUUUCCUGGUUUAUAAAGAAGGAAAUCGCUCUUUAGUAAAAAAAAAACAAAUGUAUAAAUUAUGCAAACUAACCACUUACCUUUACAAGAAGAGAUCACAGGUGAUGAGGUGUUGCAAGAUCAUGCCUUGUUUUGGAUUUUCAGCUUUAACAUAUUAGAAUCCAAUCAAGCGACGUGGAAUUAUUUCUAUGGGAACCAAGGUUUUUUUGCUAGAAGUAUACAUGUUUGGUAAUUCUUUGGUCAUUCAUUGACCUUCACAAAUGCGCCAGGCAUUGUGGAAGUGUCGAGUACCAUUAGAUAGGUUCUUAAAUUCUUGUACCAUCUGCAGUUAUUAUUGUGCAAGUCAGUAGAAACAGAAACAAAAAAAAACCUAAGGUGUAAACCUUUGUGUCUGGCCUAAGAGAAUUACAUUUUUAUUUCUCUUUUAAUAAAGAGAUAUGUUAGAAAAGUUUAUUUUAAAUAUUGUAGAAUUUGAGAUGUGUGAAAAUUUCUCAGACUUGAAUAAUUUAUGCAAAUCACAUUCUCAGAACAAGUGGUGGAACCGUUUGAAAAAUAAGCAAAAAUUGCUGUAGCAAUAAGGCAUGUCCUUUUUAGUAACUAUUACACUGCUUUAUAUUUUAUACCUAGGUGUUUUAUGUCUCUGUGAGUAUAUACUUUUCAUGUGUCCGGAAUAACUUGUACAAUUUGUACAAUGUUAAAAGAAAUUACAGCUACAAUAACAGAAA